AUGGAUCUGGAAUGGCGUCUUGAAGAUCCCCCCAUGGUUUCAGAGCGCUUGCAAUGCGAGAUAAAUACAAGCGUAAUACGCACAGAUGAUCAAUAUAAAUAUCAGUGCUGUAAAGAUGACAUUGAUGAAUGCGGAACUCUAUAUAAAGUGUGCGGAAAACACAAGUGUGUGAAUGUACCUGGAUCAUUCAGAUGUGAGAAAACAUGGCCAGCCAUUUUAGGCAAAGUGUUGCUUUUGGCUGUUGUAACGUGGUGGUAUUGCAAGGUUAAUAGAAAGCAGAAAGCAGCCAAACAGAGGAGGAAGUUCUUCAAACGAAAUGGAGGGUUGUUGUUAGAGCAACAAACAUCCAUCCUUCAAGCCGGUGUCAACAGAAUAAAACUGUUUAGCUCCAGUGACCUGGAGAAGGCAACUGACAAAUUCAACCCUGACAGAAUACUUGGACAAGGAGGGCAAGGUACAGUUUAUAAGGGAAUGUUGGAAGAUGGAAUGAUCAUUGCAGUCAAAAAGUCAAAAGCAUUGGAAGAAGAGAAUCUUGAAGAGUUCAUCAAUGAGAUAAUCCUUCUGUCGCAGAUCAAUCACCGAAAUGUUGUCAAGAUCUUAGGAUGCUGUCUUGAGACAGAGGUACCUUUAUUGGUGUAUGAGUUCAUUCCCAACGGAAGCCUUUUCGAUCAUCUUCAAAACCCGUCAGAGGAUUUCCCAAUGACUUGGGAAGUCCGUCUCUGCAUCGCCUGCGAAGCCGCUGAUGCCAUCUCCUACCUGCAUUCAGCUGCCUCUAUCCCAAUUUACCACAGAGAUGUCAAGUCAACAAAUAUCUUAUUGGAUGAAAAGCACAGUGCAAAAGUAUCAGAUUUUGGGAUUUCUAGAUCUGUUCCUAUAGAGGAUACUCACUUGUCGACAAUAGUGCAAGGAACAGUUGGAUACGUAGACCCAGAGUAUCUCCAGUCAAGCCACUUCACAGGGAAGAGCGAUGUCUACAGCUUUGGGUUGUUGCUCAUUAUACUCUUAACUGGAGAGAAACCUGUCUCCCUCCUGAGGCGGCAAGAAGUCAGGCUGCUGGGUGCUUACUUCCUCGAAGCCAUGAGAAAUGACAAACUUCAUGAGAUUCUCGAUGCUCACAUCAAGGAGGAAUGUGAUCAAGGGGAAGUCCCUGCAGUAGCCAACUUAGCAAGAAGGUGUUUGAGCUUGAACUCAGAACACCGCCCUACCAUGAGAGACGUUUUUAUUGAAUUGGAUAGGAUGCAAUCCAAGAAAAAAGACACUCAAAGCCAAACACAUAAUGGUGAAGAGCAUGCACACAUCCAGAUUGCAAUACCAGAGUCUAUGUCACCCAGUUAUUCUUCUCCAGACAUAGUCAUUGAAAACAGCUCAUUCUCACUGGACUCGAAACCACUCACGCCUCACAAGACACAGUGA